UUUGAGGGAAACAAUAAGAACUUAAUUUUACAAAAAUUGUUUCUAGAAGUUUGAUUCUUAGCUUAACAUCUUUUAAUUAUUUUUGUGGCAAAUCAUUUCUAAAUCUGAAUGUGACCUGUGUAAGCAGCAUAAUUUGUCACUGAUAAUUUGAUCACAUGAUCCUUUUCAUGUAAUUUUUCAUCACAUUUUCACACCCUUAUGGUGGGGCCCACAUAAAAUCUGAUCCUGCUUGGUGCAGAGUGUCCACUUGAAAUGGAAUAUGAACAUUCCUUCUUAGCCGUUAGAAGCACACAACACAUGCCCAUAACUUCCAUUUCCAAUUAACUUCACUAUAAAAUAUAUAUGCAACUAAAUUUCUAGUUUCUUGGCUAUCCUAUUCACUAUUCAGAAUUCUUAUCAGCUAGGCCUGUGUCUCCUCCAAAAUGGAAACAUUAAUGGCCAAGUUAAUGGUUCUGAUUCUUUUCCUAUCCAUGAUUGCAACAAAAAGGGUGUUUGCUGAAUAUGAGCAAUGGUGCAUAGGCAGCAUAGCUGAUCCGCAAAGCAGCGACGAUGAGUUGCAGGCAGCGCUGAACUGGGCUUGUGGAAGUGGAGGUGCAGAUUGUAGCAAAAUCCAAGUGAACCAACCAUGCUAUUAUCCAAACACUUUGAAAGACCAUGCUUCCUAUGCCUUCAACAGCUACUUUCAGAAGUUCAAGCACAGAGGUGGUUCUUGUUUCUUCAGAGGUGCUGCCAUUACAACAGAAGCAGAUCCUAGUCAUGGUUCUUGCCACUUUGACUUCAUUCCCUAAUUGGAACUGUCACUGAAGACUCAAAAAUAGCUGCAGCAGAAUCUACAGCUUAGAUUUUAUUUUUUCCUUUCUUUUUAUUGAGGCUGUGUAAAUUGUAAUCCCCAUCAAGCAUUGUGCUCUUGACUCUAUUCUUAAUUAAUUGAGUUUAAUCUCAGUCUAAGACUGAGAAAGUUAUUAAAUCUUAUGCAGAUUAGUGUCCAAUAUCAAAGAGCUAAAUGAUAUGCUGCAAAAUCAUUUGAGAUUUCAUAGCCAGUAUGCUGCUGCAUGGGAAUUUACUUUAAAUAUGGGGGAAAUGAAAAGAUUGAAAGACAAUAAGUGUGCAGGGAAGCUUCACAACUAACAAGGAUUCCCUUUGAAUGAUGAAAAUCAGAACCAUUUCAGCUUAGGAAUAAAUUAACAUCAAUGCACAUGUAUAAUUACAAAAACAAAAAAGGAAACAAUGAUAGAUCCGACAAGCCACAUAUAACAGCCAUCUAGUCACCGAAAAUGCCC